UGCUUCUUUUUCUGACCUGGCAACCCCGAGGAAGAGGUUUUGCUCAGAGAGGCCCACCAGGCAGCUGGAGAAGAGAACAACUGUGCAGCUGAGUGAGACAGAAGAACAACUGUGCAGCUCAGAGACACCGAAUCAGACUUUUCUGCACUAAAUCAAGGAUUUAGUCAUGGCUGCAGACGCGAACCACACGUGUUAUGAUAUCACCACUGUUGACCAUUUCCAGUUUUACCUUGAACAGUCAGGAGAGCACUCAGCCAUCCUCCAGGGCGUCCAGAACGUCCUGCCCAAAGAGUUUCAGAGGAUUGCUGAGGGAAAAAGCAGCUUUAAUGUUCUCGGUGUUGGAAGUGGUGGAGGUGAGAUGGACGUCCAGAUGCUCUCCCUGAUGGGGGCGGAGCUUCCUGCUGUUCCCAUCACAGCGGAUAUUGUUGAAGGCAGCUCCAAACUCAUCGACCACUUCAAAGCGUUGGUGGCAAAGUCGCCUCAGAUCCAGAAGAUCCCGUUUUCCUGGCAUCCCAUGUCCAGUGAGGACUACGAGAAGAUGGUGAAAGCCAAAGGAGACGCCAAGAAGUUUGACUUUAUUCACAUGAUUCAGAUGAUUUAUUAUGUGGAUAGUCUGGACGGAACCAUCAAGUUCUACCACAGCCUUCUGAAAAAUAACGGCAGGCUGAUGAUCAUCGUUGAAGCAGCUGAUAGCGGCUGGGACAUCCUGUGGAAGACCUUCAAGACGGAGCUGUGCGGCGGCAGCUUGUCCGAGUACCGCUCCUCCGGGGAGGUGGUCACCUGCCUGCAGAAUCUGGGUCUGAAGUUCGAGGAGCAUUUAGUCCCAAACAGCUUUGACAUCAGCGAGUGCUUCGAUCCAAAGAGCGUCGUCGGAGAACGUCUGCUGAGCUUCAUGACGGCUAAAGAUCACUUCAAGGAGUCCUUCACCCCGGAGGUCAGAGCCGGCAUCCUGGAGCUGCUGAGGAGCAAGUGCAGCGAAGAGAAGGAGGGAAGAGUGUUCUUCAACAGUAACCUGAAAUGCAUUCUUGUUCAUGCUUGAGCGUGUAUUCAGAAGUAAUCAGUGUUUUUUCAGAAAAAAAGAAUAUAAACUGUUUGGACAACUUUG